AUAGAUGUAUGGUGGAGAGUAUUCUGACUGGCUGCAUCACAGCCUGCAUUGGAGGCUCCAAAGCAAGGGAUUGCAAGAGGCUGCAGAGGGCUGUACAUUCAGCAGACUCCAUCACAUACACAACACUCCCCACUUUGAGGACAUCUUCAAGAGGUGGUGCCUCAAAAAAGCUGCAUCUGCUGUUAAGGACCUUGCCAUCGAGGGCAUGCCAUCCUCUUGUAACUACCAUUGGAGAGGCGGCACGCAUUUAAUGACUUGAGAACAGUUUCUUCCUUUUCGGCAUCAGAUUUCUGAAUGCUGGAUAAAGGAGAAUCCGAUCUGCUGGAGGAACUCCAUGUUGAGUAGCAUCAUUGGUUUGAGGAUUUUUAGACAGGAUUAAGAGGAAAAAUUAAUUAACCUCGAUCAUAUGACAGAGCAGACUCAAUGGGCUGAAUGGCCGAAUUCUGCUCCUAUAUUCUUUUAUGGUCUCGUGGCCUUAUAAUUUCUUUUUGUAACUUUAGAGCUUAUAGAAACAUUUGUUCAAAGUACAUUCAUUCUCAGAGUAUGCGCACAUUAUGAGAUUCGCCUCAUUACAGGCAACCACAAAACAAAGAAACCCAUUUUGAAAAAAAGACUGUCAAACAGCCAAUGUCCCGAGAGGGUAAAAAGACUAAAAAGUAAGGAAAUACCAUUCGGAAUGAAGUCCGAAGUAGCUGGAGCAGGCCUCAGCCUCAGUUCAACACAGGGCCAAGUAAAUGUCACCGAGCAAAGAGCAGAACUAGCCUGAUCCCCACCUUUGAUACCAACACCCUGCCUUUUCAAUCUAUCUGGCCUGGUAUUUAAAUUGUCCAAAUAUUGGGUCAUUGCUCGCUGUAGAACCCAGUCCCUGUUCCAUCAAUACGCUCUGGGCCUGGACCCUGUUGCCGUGUUUCAGCCCUAACCCAACCUUUCCAAAUCAUCCUUGCACUUCGAUCAAUCAAGUCUCGCUCACAGUUUAUAUGAAUGGGCCUUGAAUUCACCUUGACUCUGCUUGCCUCGAAUGCCCUCGACCUUGCCUUGCACCUGCUCGCUUUGGCCUUUGACCCAGGUGUGCCUUCGCUCACCUCUCCAUUGUUUGUGCUGAUCAUUUACCUUAAAUUUUUACCAGAAAGGUGUUAAUAAUAAAGUAUUUAGUUGUAUUCUAUGUUUUGUUAUCCACACUUAAACAUGCAAAUUCAUGCUAAGCUUGAGCUGUGUUUCGGCUAGGCUGUCCCAGUGUACGCCAUUUAGAAAACUACCCUGAUGGGCAUGUUGUGAUUUAGUUCAGGCACCCAUAUGCAAAAAUAGUGAUUAUAACUUGUACUAUUUCAUUGCAGAAUUGUCUGAAUUAUGCAUUUGUAACCCCAACUAAGAAAUCAGUAAUUUACAUCAGCCCAGAACUCUAAAAGUCCAACCAAGUGUGGUUAUUGUUCUUUUCUGUGUUUUUCCCUUCUUUCUAAAGGGAUAACAUCUGGUGUGUGCUUGGUGACAUGUCAGCUGCAGUAGAGUGCAAAUGAAGUACAAAUAGGCUUGUCAUCAAUGUCUUGCAUGAUUUGAAGUUUGUUUUGUGGCAGCAGUACAGUGUAAAGAUAAAAAAAUUACCUUAACUUAUGAAAUAGUGCAAAAGGAUAAUUGGGUAGGAUUCAUGGGUUCACGGAUCACCAUAUGAUGGUAGAAGGGAAGAUGCAAUGCCCAAGUCAUUGGGUGUGGGUCUUCAGACUCCUGUACCACCUCCCUGAUGGUGGUAACAAAAAGAGGGCAUGUUCCAAAUUUGAGGGUCAUUGAUGCUGAAUACCACUAACUUGAGGCAUUGCCUCUUGAAGAUGAAUGUGCCUCAGCAACUCUUGCAAUCCUGUACAUUGGGGCCUCCUUACUAGAAUGUGAUGCGUCCAGUGGCAAUGCUCUCCACAGUACAUAUCUGUAGAUAUUUGCAAGUGACUCUGGUGACAUACCAAAUCUUCUGAAGAUUCUAAUGUACUGUGUUUUCUUCAUGAUUGUAUCAAUGUGGUUGUGCCCAGGGUAGAUUCUCUGAGAUGUUGACAUCCAGGAAUUUAAAGAUGAUCACCUUUCCACUCUGACCCCCCCCCCCCCCCAAAAUGAAGACAGGAGUGUGUUCUCUCAACUUCCCCUUCCUGAAGUCCAGUCAUUUUUUUUGGUCUUGCUGGUGUUGAGUAUGAGGUUGUUGUUGAAAUGCUCAUCAAGCAGCUGGCCUGUCUCACUCCUGAAUGAGAAGGGGGCAUGUACUAAAUUCUGAGGGUCAUUAAUGAUAGAUUCCUGUAACUUGAGACAUCGCCUCUUGAAGAUGACCUUGAUGGUGGAGGAGGCUGGUGGACAUGACUGAAUCUAUAAGCCUUAGCAACAUUUUGCAAUUCUGUGCAUUGGUACCUCUGUAUCAGGCUGCGGUGCAACCAAUCAAAACUUGUGAAUUUGUCACCAAUAGAAUUCUGAUAUUUUCAGAUCACGUUAUAGUUAUUACAAAUAUCACAGCAUAUCUUAAAAUAUCAUGACUACUUCAAAAUUACAUUAAUUAUGACCUACCACUAGAUCAAAAGUGAUCAUGAUCUGUUGUGAUAUUACUAUAUCACAAAUCUGAGUUGUAAAAUAUUUUGGUAACUAUUUCAAUAUUGUUUUUUGUAAUCCUAUGUAUUUUAUGUACUCGGAUGUAUUAUUCUGAGAAUGGGUCCAAAGGCUUCACCACACUGCAGAUAUGAAGUAUGAAAGUUGUUUCCUGCCUUGGAACAGAAUCCGAAUCAUUCAGUUUGAACAUUAUGGCUGAGUAGGCUUUGAAAAGAUAAGCAAUGAGUAAACACAAAUAUUGAGAAAUUUUCAAUCUCAACAAAUUAUUUGCCCUUGCACACACUUGGUGGAGGGAAAUAAGUGAAUUGAGUCAAAAUAGUUCAGAAAGAAUCCAUCAUUAUUUUUUGUGCAGAUGAAGGUGGUUUUCCAUAUCAACUUCCUGUCCCUCUUCCCCUAGUUCAGUUUAAAAAACCCCAACAUUGGUUCACCCAUGCCCCACACUGCCCUUCACUGUUCAUGGAUUCUUAAAACUCAUCAUAUCAGAAUAGUGAAUUCAGUUUUAUCAAUGGUUAUUAUAAAAUAGGGCAUUAAUUGCUUGAUAUAUUUGGUAUUCAAUAUAAUUUUACAGUUUGGUGGAAACAGGGUUGCCCUCUUCUAAUCACUACAGCAAGGAGGACGUACAAGAGCCUGAAGGCACACACUCAAUGUCUUAGAACGGGCUCAGUUGCCCAGAAACAUGAUUGAGAACACCAUGUUUGAAGAAGAGCCCGAUGCUGUGGACCUGGCCAAGGAUUCGCGCCUUCAUCCUCUGGAACAUGACAAAAUUGAAUAUGAACCGCACAGUUCCAGGUUGAUGGUGCGUGGUUUGGAUGAACACGAUCUGGAUGAUGAUGAGGAAGAUUAUGAAUCAUCUGUAAGACUGCUGGGCAAGUCAUUCAUGAACAGGAGUUCCAACUUCCGCAACAAUGUAUCAGGGAUGUAUAACCGUGACUCGUGCUCACUGCCUAUCCGUCGGACUCUCCUUGUUGGUGCAUUUGUCAUUGUGAUUAUACUUUCUAUAUCAAUGGUGGUCUACUUUCUGCCCAAAUGUACCUUCACAAAAGAAGGCUGCCACAAAUUGAACAUGACUUCAGCCCUCAUAUAUCCUCUGGCAACCAAUGGACAGGUUUUCCCUUGGCCAAAGAUGAGAUUGCCUAAAGCUGUUGUACCUAUGCACUAUGAUCUUACUUUGCACCCUAAUCUCACCACCUUGAAUUUCACAGGCUCUGUACACAUAAGCCUUCGAAUCAUGGAAGAUACCAACAACAUUACUCUUCACAGCUCGGGUCUCAAAAUCACUGUGGCAACCAUCACUCCAGAAGGAACCAGCCACCCUAAGAAUGUGCAGGUUUUAGAAUAUCCACCACAUAAACAAAUUGCAAUCAAGGUUAACCCAAUGCUGACAAAAGAAGGAAAAUAUGUACUGUAUCUGAAAUAUUCAGCUAAUCUAUCCGAUAAUUUAUCUGGGUUUUUUAAAGGCACUUAUCAAGAUCAAAACAAAAGAAGGAUAUUGGCUGCCACUCAGUUCAAACCUUUUUUUGCACGAAGUGCCUUUCCGUGUUUUGAUGAACCAGCAUUUAAUGCCACAUAUGUGAUCAGAAUAAUAAGGGAAGCAGACCAUAUCUCCUUAUCCAGCAUGCCGAAGGAUAGCACAUCUACAGUUGCUGAUGGACUUUAUCAAGAUACAUUUAUGAAAAGCUUUAAAAUGAGCACUUACUUAGUGGCCUUUGUUGUUGCUGAUUUGACGAAUGUCAGCUGCAAUGCAAGAGAUGGAACUCUGGUGUCGGUGUAUGCUGUUCCUGGAAAGAGAGAUCAAAUGAAGUAUCCAUUAGAAGUAGCAAAGAAACUUCUGAACUUUUUUGAGAGCUUCUUCAAUAUAUCUUACUCCUUAAAGAAGCUAGAUCUGGUAGCUCUCCCUGUCUUUCAAAAGGAUGCUGCGGAAAGUUGGGGCCUGAUCAAUUUUCAAGAAAUGGCACUUCUUUGCAAGGAAGAGACAGCUUCUGUAAGAGACAAACAAAUGAUUGUUCGUGGAAUUGCUCAUGAAUUGGCUCAUCAGUGGUUUGGUAACCUAGUGACUCUGGAAUGGUGGAAUGACCUUUGGUUAAAAGAAGGAUUUGCCACUUUGAUGGAAGAAAUUUCAGUGAAAAAAGUAUUCCCUGAACUUCAAGGAAUCGAUGAGUUCCAAUACUUUCACUUUGUGACACUGAGGGAAGAUUCAAUGAAUUCAUCCCACCCCCUCUCCAAUCCAGUUGAAACUUUUGAACAAAUUGAGGAAAUGUUUGAUUUUAUUUCCUUUCAAAAGGGGGCUUCUGUUCUGAUGAUGCUGAAGAAUUUAUUGAAUGAAACUAUUUUCCAGCAAGGAAUCAGGCAGUACUUGAAGGAACAUAUGUAUCAGAAGACAAAAAUUGAAGACUUCUGGAACAGUAUCAGUAAAGUUGGAAAUGUGGAUUUAAAUGUGAAAGAAAUCAUGGAAACCUGGACACGACAGACAGGAUACCCAGUGGUCACUGUCAAAUUAGAUACCACUGCCAGUCAAAUCCACCUCAAUCAAACACGUUUCCUCAGGACCUCUCAUUCACUGAAUUCAUCAUCCUCCUCCUAUUACAGUCACCUGUGGCACAUUCCACUGACAUAUAUAACCAGCAGUUGUACAGACUAUGAACAGCCGAAGUGCAUCAAAAAGUGGCUCCUUAAGAAUAAAACUGAUACCAUUGAUCUUAAAGAUCCAAAUGUGACUUGGGUGAAGUUUAACAUAAAUAGUAGUGGUUACUAUAUUGUUGAAUAUGACAAGAGCAACACAGAGAAAUUAAUGGGAUUAUUACAGACUAAUCAUGAAGCUUUAAGUGAUCAUGACCGAGCGGACCUUAUCUAUAAUGCCUUUCUGCUUGCAAGUGUAGGGAACACGUCAAUAAAGAAGGUGCUGAAUAUGACAAGCUAUUUUAAGCAGGAAGCCAGCGCUAUGCCAUUAUUUGAAUUCCUGCGUUUGUUCUACAAUAUCUACAAGCUUGUGCAAAUCAGAGGGGAUUUCACAAUCUCUAAUCGGAUAAAGGAUUAUAUUUUUGAUAUUUUUGGACAAUUGAUUGACCAACAAACCUGGAGUAGCAAUGGUUCCAUCUCUGAAAGACAACUUCGUUCCCAACUACUUACUGUAGCAUGUGAUUUGAAUUAUGAUACCUGUGUUCAGAAUGCAAGUGAUCUGUUUGACAAGUGGAUGAAUUCUUCAGACUUCAGUGUGUUACCAUCGGAUCUAGCUGAGACUAUCGUCACUGUUGGUGCCCGUACUGUUAAGGGCUGGACAUUCAUGCGCCAGAUGUAUAAUCAUUUGCAAUCAGUGGCCGAUCAGAGGAAAAUACUUAAAGCAAUGGCAAAAACCAACAAUGCUGACCAUCUGCUCUGGUUGAUGUACAACAGCUUGAAUGAUGAUGCCAUAAAGAUACAGGAAUUACCCUGUAUCCUAGACAUCUCCUGCAUAAGCCUAUCUGGAUGUCUUUUAGCUUGGGAUUUUGUUAAGAAAAAUUGGGAGGAACUAAUUAAGAAGUUUGAUCUUGGAUUGUCUGAUUUUCAAAUCAUUGUCAUUGGAACAGCAUCAAAAUUCUCAACAAAGACCCACCUGCUUGAGGUCCGAACAUUCUUUGAUUCAGUGACAGACAAAAGUUCACAACCACAGUUCAUCCGAAUGGCACUGGAUAUAAUUCAGGUUAACAUUCAGUGGAUGGAGAGAAACUUCAAAAUACUAGAAAAUCUGUAGAAUUGUUUCUAUUGUUAGUAAGUUGAUUUUCAGUGAAGUUAAUAGAUCUAUGUGCAAAGAUCUACAACUGCAAUUUUCUUUAAAGCGAGCUGGAAUCAGUUGUUAUUUGCAACAUCAGUUUUACUAUUGGAGUGAGAUGAUGUCAUCUCCAGGUGAUUUAUGGUUUGUUCAGUCAUUGAAAAUGAAUUAUACUUGUGGGGAGAUGGAGACAAACCAUGUGACUCUUUGUGAAUGGGUAAAUAUAUUUUACAAAACAAAGUAUUCUAACAAGGAAAACAAAAUCUUUUACCUACUGGGUUUAGCCUUUUGGUUUGAGUGGAUAAGUUGAGUAAAUGUGUUCUCCAACAAUUAAAGGCAGAACCUUCAGCUUAGCUAUUUCAGUAUUAUUUUACAUUUCAGUAAAGGGUUCUUUUUUUUCAAUUUGUUUUUUACUAAUAGAACAUUGUUUUGUGCAUCAUGUCACUGCCCUCUGCAUUACAAUGACACCUACUGUAGAAUGGAGAGAGACUCCUUUGUAAAACGUAAUCAUUAUGUAGUGUGUGGUGUACCCUGUGUAUCGCAAUAUGUAUAUAUCAGCUCUGUGAAUCCAUACAUCUUCAGUUACUGUUCCCCUAUCAGGACUACUGAAUUGACAGACCGAAGUCAGUGAUUGUGAUUCCCCCAAAAUGAUUUAUUUUGAAAAGGUAAUUUUGUGAUGCCAUAAGUUAUGAAUUUCACUUAAGUAUCAUCAUAAACCAUUGCCCUUAGUUUUUGUGUGCUCUCAGUUGUUUUUCAACAGCUGCUGCAUCUAGUUGCUACUGAAUAUACAUUUUUUAUUAACAGUUAUAGAUUAUAUAUGAAGAAAAAAUAGAAAUCUGUUUACAAAGCUCUCUCUUUCUAAGAUUCUGUGAUAAUCUGAGUUUUGUAAUCACAUCAGAAUAAUGGAACUGAAUUAGUGCGACAUCUCACUGACAGCAUGGACAGGGUGUAAUUGACAGAUGUAUUUUAAUUAAUGUUUGUGAAUUGUAUCAGACCAAUCAGAAUGUAACAUUAUUCAAAUAGACAUUCUUGUAAAUGAGUAUGUGUACAGUAUUUAACAGAUGGUAAUCCUGUGUCAAGAAAUGAAAUGCAGAUUUGAAAAUAACAGGGAGUUGCAUUGUGGUGUUGGAACUGUGAGGCUGACUUUAAAGAGUAUUCAAGAAUUCAAGUAUUUCUAAUGUUAAUACAUUUAAUAACCAGGUACUUAAUUCAUUCACUAUAUCAAUUGGGAAGAGCUCAGUAUAUUGACCAGUCAGUCAAGCUAAUUUCAAGCAAUGCCUAGAAUUAUGUGUUCAAUAAAUAAAUGAAACAAAAUUGGAUGAUAUGAUUAAUUGAUUAUAAAUAAUUAAUCUACAAAAUUAAAAAACUAGCACUAUAAAUUUGUGUUGAUUAUUUUUUUUAAUUAGGUGAUCACUUUUUCUUUGAAACUAGAAAUAUAGGAAAGGUUUAACCUACAUGUAUAAGUUAAAUGGAGACCGUAGCCACAUAUUUUUUUAAAUGAUGGUAAUUAGCAUCUCCCCAAAAUGUUAUUAUUGUAUUGACGGUGCUCAUCUCUCAGGUGGGAAGUGGUACUUCAAAAUUUAUAUUGUAUUUUAUCAGAGUUUAAUAUUUUCAAGUUUAAAAAAUGCUAUAAUUUGGAAGCCCACAAAUUAUUUUUGGAUUAUAAUAAAAUGUGAAUUAUAGAAAUAUAAAUCCUUUGAUUUUCAAAAUAACUAUGCAUUAUAUAGCUACUUAAUCUGUUUGAUCUGUAUUCUUUCAAGCUUGUAUGAUGUCAAAAUGCCAACUUGGAAAUACAUUCUAAUGGAAAUUGAAAACCAAGUUUAAAUUGCUAUUUUCUUUUCUCCUGCAAAUCAAAUUAAUAAAUUUUAUUAGUUUUGGA